UUCAGUAAUUUAGGCUUAACUACUCCUCACUUAAAAUUCUACCACUACACUGCAUUUUAUACAUACGCGCAUUAUUCCCACAAAACAGGAAAUUUCAUAUCACAUCGGAUCAAUCCCCAUGGCUCUACUCCGUCGUAGCCCUCACCUCCUAAAGCCCCUAACGCCACCGCCCCCGGCCGCCUCAGCCCUCUCUCUCCGCCACGCGUUCUCAUCCGACACUACACCCAUCACGGUCGAAACAAGCAUCCCGUUCACUGGCCAUAACUGCGAGCCGCCGUCUCGCUCUGUCGAGACAUCGGCUAAAGAAUUGAUGACGUUUUUCACCGACAUGGCUACGAUGCGGCGGAUGGAAAUCGCAGCCGACUCGCUCUACAAAGCGAAGCUGAUACGCGGCUUCUGUCACCUUUAUGACGGCCAGGAAGCGGUGGCGAUCGGGAUGGAAGCGGGGAUCACGAGAAAGGAUUGUAUUAUCACGGCGUAUCGGGAUCAUUGUAUUUAUUAUUGUCGCGGUGGGACGUUGUUGGGGACGUUUGCCGAGUUGAUGGGACGGAAAGAUGGGUGUUCUAAUGGAAAAGGUGGAUCGAUGCAUUUUUAUAAACCGAAUAAUGGGUUUUAUGGUGGGCAUGGAAUUGUGGGAGCUCAGGUGCCGUUGGGAGUUGGAUUGGCUUUUGCUCAGAAGUAUAAUAAGGAGGAUCAUGUGAGUUUUGCUUUGUAUGGGGAUGGGGCUGCCAAUCAGGGACAGUUAUUUGAAGCACUUAAUAUGGCUGCUCUUUGGGAUUUGCCAGCCAUUUUCAUUUGCGAGAAUAACCACUAUGGUAUGGGGACAGCGGAAUGGAGGGCGGCUAAGAGCCCAUCUUAUUAUAAGAGAGGGGACUAUGUUCCUGGUUUAAAGGUUGAUGGUAUGGAUGCCUUAGCUGUGAAACAAGCUUGUAUGUAUGCUAAGGAACAUGCACUGAAGAAUGGACCACUUAUUCUUGAGAUGGACACCUAUAGAUACCAUGGCCACUCAAUGUCUGAUCCCGGGAGCACAUAUCGAACACGUGAUGAAGUUUCCGGUGUCAGACAGGAGCGUGAUCCAAUCGAAAGAGUAAGAAAGCUAUUAUUAGCUCAUGAUAUAGCCACUGAAAAAGAGCUGAAGGAUAUUGAGAAGGAAAAAAGAAAAGAGGUGGAUGACGCCAUUGCGAAAGCCAAGGAAAGUCCAAUGCCAGAUCCAUCCGAACUGUACACUAAUGUGUAUGUGAAAGGAUAUGGAGUUGAGGCGUGUGGAGCAGAUAGGAAGGGAGUUAAAGCUGUUCUUCCUUGAGGCUUAUAAACUUGGAGAAAACACUAAAACAUGAAGAAAUAAAAGGGAUGCAAAUUUCAUUCCUGCUGCCAUCUAAUUUUUACUCAGGAGCAUAUGUUCUGUCACACACUGCCUGCCUGAAGCUGACACAAAUUCCGCAAUUUUUUUAUGUCGGGGACUUCUCUGACAGUAUUCUAGGCAUCAAGGAUUCAACAAUGGUACUCAAUUUUGGUUUGUAGAAGCUAUCUAAUUAUUCAUAUUUUCUUGCCGAGCCUCCUUGUAUCCUGACAGUCACAAGUCACUGGGAGUGUGCUCGACAAAUAAGUAGCUAGAAUGAAAUUGUCAUUCAAUUCAUAAAUAAUGAGCCCUAGCUUAUCUUUGUUGUAAAGAGGGACCAAAGAUGCUUACGCAGGCAUGCUACGUGUGUACAUGUGUCGUAGCGUAGCAUUGGUGGCUGAAGCAGCCCGGGGCUGAUUCUGCACUUUAUAAAAGGUUGAGACAAAGUAUACAAUGCUAGUAAUAAAAGGUUGAGACAA